AUGGCAACUUCCAACAUACCUGUAACAAGUUUAUCGGAGUUAGUUAAAUGUCCGAUUUGUCUUGAUUAUUAUAAUGAUCCACGUCUUCUUCCAUGUUCACAUACAUUCUGUUUUGCAUGUAUCACCCAACUAGCAAAUCAUCGUACAAAAAAUGAUGAUGAUGACGAUAGUAGUAUUAGCAGUGAUGAUAGUGAUGCAGAAUAUCGAUUUAUUUGUCCACUUAGAGAUGGUACUUUUUUGACUCAACAUCAACUGAAAGACUUACCUGUUAAUCGAAUCGCUAAAAAUAUGGUUGAACUCUUAUUAGCAUCAUGCAAUGAAAAUAAAGAAAUUGAAAAGAAAGUUUCUUGUGAUUUUUGUACAGAAAAUCCUAGUGAACGAUGGUGUCUCGAAUGUUGUCAUCAAUUUUGUAGCAAAUGUCUUAUCGCACAUAAUAAUAAACCAAUGCAUAUUACUGUACCAAUAGCUGAACGUGCUGCAUAUUGCUGUAAUAAACAUAUCAAUGAAGUUAUGAAACUAUGGUGUACAUAUUGUAAACUUCCUAUAUGUUCCUCAUGUCUUGUAGACGAUAAUCAACAUAGUCAACAUCAAGAAGCGAUUGAACCAAUGUACAAAAUAAUGAAUGAAACACGAACUAGUAUUGAAACAUGUCUUCAACAAUUAGAUUAUGCUGAACUCAACUUUAUGACUCUGGCAAAAUCUACUAUUACUGUUGUGAAAGAUCAGAAAACUAAUUAUACAAACACAUCAGAAGAUCUUACCGAUCUAUUUCGUUCGUUAAAUAGAAUGAUAGAAGAUCGAAAACAAACGUUGUCCUAUGAACUUGAAGAUCACCAAGCUACGAUUUUAUCACGUUUGCAUCACAUUGAAAUGAAUGUUCGAGAACAAUUACAUCGUAUUCAAAAUCAAAAACUGUCUUGCAAUCGUAUUUGCAAGUCGGGAAAUACGAUUCAGUUGCUUGAAACAAAUCAAAAUAUCAGUACCAUUUGUGAGGAACUAGUUCAUAGUCAACAAGAAAUAAUAUCUAGUUGUACAACUCAAGAAACAAAGUUUAUUCAUUCACCAGUGGAUAUGACAUCAAUUGCAGAUUUAAUAAACAAUUUUGGAAACAUAAAAUGUAAUGAUGUGAAAACAAUAGAUUGUCCUAUUUUAAAUCACAUAAUUAUUUCUCUACCAACUGUAGCAGAACAAAGAUUAUACAAUGGAUCAUUUAUAUUUGGUUAUCGUUUUCAUUUUGAACAAUCGAUUCGAUUAAAGGAUGUCUUAGUACAAUCAACCUACAGAAAUAAUAUUACGGCGAGUUUCUAUGAUGAAAAAGGUGAAGAACAAGAGCAAUUCUCAUGUGAAUCAAUAAACGAUACUUUUAAAUGGAAUAUUAUAUCGACAGAUGGAAUCGAAUUACAAACUGGUCAUUCAUUACUUGUCUGGUCUAGUGAUCAUGAAGGAUCAAUUGGUUAUCAGCAGAGAAGCUCACGACUUCAACAAGUAAAUCCAAUUUGUGCUGUCGCUGGAGUGUAUGCAGUGAGAGAUAAGAACAAGAAACAAGAAAAAUUAGAAAUUUGUCCGGGUGAUUUAGCAAUAAACAUGCGUCUCAUUAUUUAA